CAAACUUUAAGGGGAGUGGCAUGGUCAGAACUGAGAAGCGAACGACUGGUAUUAUGUUGUCGCAGCCCAACUAGCAAACGACUUCAUAACUACCAUCGUGGCGAGCCCUUUUCAGUCGGUGAGCCGCCCUUGCCCUUGUAGUCGGUAAUCCAGGACACCCCGCCCGCGCCUUUUUCUUUCUCUCCUGUCUGUGGUCAAUUCUUGGAUUUUUUCUUCGCGAAGCAAAAUUUUCGAUUCUAAGUGUGAGAUCUGCGAAAUUCAAGCCUUUCUUUCUUCAGUUCAAGAUCUAGCCGGAUCUUGAAGAUUACUCUGUGAUUCGAGGCUUUAUUCCCCCAAAUCUGCUUUAGGUCCCUAGAUCUGGGGUUGAUUGCAUUUUCCGCCUUGGUGUUUGGAUUUGUUUGUCGGAAAUGUCAAUACUACAGAAAGGCGAUUCGGUUCAAAUCAGGGAGGUUUGGAAGGACAAUCUUGAUGAAGAGUUUGCGUUGAUCCGUGAAAUUGUUGACGAAUAUAAUUACAUCGCCAUGGACACGGAGUUCCCCGGUGUGGUUCUUCGCCCGUUGGGUAAUUUUAAAAACAUCAAUGAAUAUAACUAUCAAACACUGAAGGACAACGUUGAUAUGUUGAAGUUGAUCCAACUGGGGCUCACCUUCUCCGAUGAGCACGGAAAUCUUCCUACUUGCGGCACUGACAAAUGUUGCAUUUGGCAAUUUAACUUUCGCGAGUUUAACGUUAGCGAAGACAUCUUUGCGAGUGAUUCAAUUGAACUACUGCGCCAAUGUGGAAUUGAUUUUAAGAAGAACAAUGAGAAGGGCAUUGACGUGAACCGAUUUGGGGAGCUUCUGAUGUCUUCAGGGGUGGUGUUGAACGAUCAAGUCCGUUGGGUCACAUUUCACAGCGGGUACGAUUUUGGUUACCUCCUUAAGUUAUUGACCUGCCGCAGCUUGCCUGAUACACAAUCGGGAUUCUUUACUUUGAUCAACACGUACUUCCCUACGUUGUAUGAUAUUAAGCAUCUGAUGAAGUUCUGCAACAACCUCCACGGAGGAUUGAACAAACUCGCAGAAUUGUUGGAAGUGGAGAGGAUUGGUGCUUGCCAUCAAGCCGGGUCCGAUAGCUUACUCACGUCUUGUACAUUUAGGAAGUUAAGGGAUGUGUUCUUCAAUGGCUCCACAGAGAAGUAUUCUGGGGUCUUGUACGGGUUAGGUGUCGAAAGUGGACAGGCUAAUUGAAAGAAAUAUAAUUGGUUGUAGAGUAACGAGUGUGAGCUUUUUGCUUGUGUACACCCCUGCCAAAAAGUCGUCGUUUUCUUGUAACCUUUCGUCUUUGCUUGAUCUGCCACUGAAACCUUGGUGGUUUUGUAGCUUGAGUUCUUUGUAAAUCGCUUCAGUUAGUGUUUCAAUAAUAACUUAUGAUAAUUCCUUAGGAUUGCAGCCA